AUGCCGUCCCUCCGAUCAAUCCAGCUGCAUCGCUCGCCAUUUGUCUUCCUGUCAGGCAAGUAUAUGCCUGAGGUGCUCAGCCAGUCCUUCUACCACGCCACGAUCCUGCCCCUCGCGCUGCUGACGGGACUGCUGGGCUACGGUGCCCUUCCCAGCCGCGCGGAGUGGCCCAAGAACUUCCAUCGCUUCAUGGCAACCUACCUGAGUGCCUGGACGCUCUGCGUGGCAGCAGACUGGCUGCAGGGACCUUACGUCUAUGCCCUGUACGAGGCCUAUGGCUUCAGCUCCCAUGAGAUCGCCCAGCUCUUUGUCGCUGGCUUCGGGUCAGCGCUCUUGUGCAGCUGUUUUGUAGGCGGCCUGGCGGAUCGCUUUGGCCGCAAGCGCGGCUGCAUUGCAUACUGCCUCCUGUACAUGGCAUCUUGCGCCACAAAGCACUGGAAGAGCUAUUGGAUCCUCAUGCUGGGCAGGGUCACCGGAGGCUUCGCGACGUCCCUGCUCUUCUCCUGCUUCGAGUGCUGGAUGGUCUCAGAGCAUACGGUCCGCAACAAGUUCUCCUCCAGCCUCCUGUCCUACAUGUUCGGAAUGAAGUUUACCAUCAUGUACCUGGUGGCGAUCGCCUCUGGCUUCGUAGCGCAGGGCGGCGUGGACUCAACAAGCUUUGCCCCAGUGAGUGAGAACUCCACGUUGUACUUCGGAGGUAACCUGGUGCCCUUCGAUAUGUCAGCGUGCGUGCUCGUCUUCGCCCUGCUCAUCAUCACCCUGGUGUGGGAGGAGAACUACGGAGAUGAUGCGCCUGAUGCGGAGGCACAAACAGCAGGCUCCAGCUUGAUGGAGGGGCUGACCACCAUGUGCAGAAGUGCGCCGCUACUCAGCCUUUGCCUGCUGUUGUCCUGCUUCGAAGGCGCCAUGUAUGCCUUCGUCUUCAAUUGGACGCCUGCCCUUGAGACCGACACGGAGAUGCCUCCUCAUGGGGUGGUCUUUGCGCUGAUGAUGAUGGCCUGCAUGUCGCCUGACGCCAGUUUGGGAAGAGGCGUGCGGGCCAUGGCGGGCGUUUUUUCUCGGCAGACCAGCGAGGAGGUGGUUGUGCUGAGCAUUUCAGGCAAGCAGCUGACGCGGGUGCCUCUGAAGGAGUGCGCGACCUGCGGGGAUCUGAAGCGUGUGCUUCAGCUGCAGCUCCGCCUCCCUGCGCUGCGCCUGCGGCUGGUGCCGGGGCCGCCGCUGCCAGCGCCAGCGCUUCCGGCGUGCCCGCUGUCCCCGGCGCCGCUCCUGGAGCACAGGCUCCUGGCGGAGCUGCCGACAGAGCUGACGCUGGUGGUGCUGGACUACCAGCCGGACCUCACUGUUGACUUGCUGAAUGCGGCGGAAGAGGAUGACGCUGCAAAGGCCCGGCGCCUGCUGGACAACUUGGCAGACCCCAACGCCUCAGAGGCGGAGGGCUGGACGCCUCUGCACAUGGCCUCGCUCAACGGGCACCUGGAGGUGGCACGGGCGCUGCUGGCUGCCUCAGCGGAGGUGACGAGAAGCAACGGGGAGGGGGCGCAGGCGCUGCACGUGGCCGCCUGGAGCGGGCACUUGCCGAUGAUCCAGGCGCUGUGCGAGGCCCGCGCAGAGCCGCGACAAGCGCAGAGCGAGGGCUGGGCCCCGCUUCACAUCGCCGCUCGCCACGGGCACGCCCACAUCGUGGCGUUUUUGCUUCAAGUGAGGCUGGACGCCGGCAUCGACGUGGAAUCGCGCGUGGAUGCGGGCUACACGGCAGAGGUCAUCGCUUGGUGGGCGGAGCAGCACGCGGUAAGCCAGGUCCUGGCGGAGCAUCGGAGCAAGUCCUUGGAAAGCCUUGGCCGUCUUAGGCACCUGCCGCUCGGGUCUUUACGGGCCGCGGGGCAGGGAAGUUGUUUCUUGGCGCACGGCUUUUUUGUUUUGCAGAAGAGUGCCGUUUCAGUCACGGCACUGGGUUGA